AUGGUCAAGAUUCGAAGCGAUCAAGCAGUCACUGACCAUAGCAGUACCCCCCAAAACACUCCCCUCGACAAGGCCCCCAUCUCGUCCCGCGCACAACAGCCCGGUGUCUCCACCAUCAACGAAGAGGAUGCCGCCUCAAUAUUCGCUGCCAACCCCGCCCUCGUCUCCAUGAUGCAGAACAAGCUCAGUGGCCUCGUCGGCAGAUCAUCUGGUUACGUCGAAUCCCUGCCCGCCCCCGUCCGCAGACGUGUCGCUGGUCUCAAGGGUGUCCAGAAGGAGCACUCCAAGCUCGAGGCCGAGUUCCAAGAGGAGGUCCUUGCUCUUGAGAAGAAGUUCUUCGCCAAGUACGCCCCUCUUUACGAGAAGCGUGCCAAGAUCAUCAGCGGUUCCACCGAGCCUACCGAGCAGGAAGUCGAGGCCGGCAAGGAGGACGAAGAGGAGGAUGACGAGGAUGAGGAGGACGAUGAGGCCGACAAGGCCGAUGAGUCUGCCGCCGACAUCAAGGGUAUUCCCGAGUUCUGGCUUUCCGCCAUGAAGAACUCGUCCCUUGCCGAGACCAUCACCGACCGUGACGAGGGCGCCCUCAAGUUCUUGACCGAUAUUCGCAUGGAGUACCUCGAGCGCCCGGGAUUCCGUCUCAUUUUCGAGUUCGCCGAGAACGAGUUCUUCACCAACAAGACCAUCACCAAGACCUACUACUACCAAGAGGAGAACGGCUACGGUGGUGACUUCAUCUACGACCACGCCGAGGGUGACAAGAUCGACUGGCAAUCUGGCAAGGACCUCACUGUUAGAGUCGAGAGCAAGAAGCAGCGCAACAAGAGUGAGUUUGCAAGCGCCGCCAUAAUAUCAUCAGCAAUCACUGACAAAAAUCCUCCAGACACCAAGCAGACCCGCAUUGUCAAGAAGACCAUCCCCACUCCCUCAUUCUUCGACUUCUUCAACCCCGCCAGCCCCCCAACCGAGGAGGACGAGGAUGUUGAGGACGACAUUGAGGCCAAGCUCGAGCUCGAUUACCAGCUCGGUGAGGACAUCAAGGAGAAGCUCAUUCCCCGUGCCAUUGACUGGUUCACCGGCGAGGCUCUGCAAUUCGAGCAGGGCUUCGAGGACUUUGACGAUGACGACGAGUUCGAAGACGAGGACGACGAGGACGAGGAGGACUACGACCGCGACGAGGAAGAUGACGAGGAGGAGUCUGACGAAGAGGGUGACGGCUCAAAGCCCAAGCAGGAGACUGCCGAGUGCAAGCAGAGCUAG